AUGGGUUGUGGAUCAAUCAAAUAAGUAGAAGUUGAUAAUCCAAACAAGAGUAGUUAAAUUUAUAUUUCCCUUAGUUAAGGAUGUUGCUCAUUUCAAAAUUUCUUCUCAAGGCAUGGUAGCUGAAAAAUAUGGAUCUAUAACUCAUGAUUAUACACUACUUAAACCACCGAUAGGAAAAGGUUUCAAUGCAUAAAUAUCAUAAGGUGCUUUUGGAGAAGUAAGGAAAGCCAUUCACAAGGUCACAAAUCAAGUUAGAGCAAUAAAAGUAAUAUCUAAAGAAAAAGCAAGCAAAGCAGAGGUUGAGAGAUUGAGAAUAGAGAUUGAAAUUUUAAAAAGAUUAGUAAAGAUUGAAUUUAGAUAAUAGGAUCAUCCAAACAUAAUAAAAAUUUAUGAGUUCUAUUAAGAUAAUAAAAAUAUCUAUAUUGUGACUGAAUUAUGUACAGGAGGAGAACUAUUUGAUAAAAUUUAAGAUCAAUAGGCCUUUUCGGAGAGAAAGGCUGCAGAAACUAUGAAAUAGAUUCUUAGUGCUGUUAAUUAUCUCCAUAAAAGUAAAAUAGUUCAUAGGUUAAUAAUUUUAAUAAUGAGCUAGAGAUUUAAAGCCUGAAAAUAUAUUAUAUGAGGCAAAUAAACCAUAAGCAUUACUUAAGAUUGUAGAUUUCGGUACUAGUAGAGUAUUUGAGUCUGGUUACAAAAUGAAUCAGAAAUUAGGAACAGUAUAAAUCUAAUUAAAACUAUAAGCCAUAUUAUAUAGCACCUGAAGUUUUAGAGAGAAAAUAUGAUGAAAAAUGUGAUGUGUGGUCUUGUGGUGUUAUAUUAUAUAUUUUACUUUGCGGACUUCCACCUUUUAAUGGAGAGACUGAAUAAGAGAUACUAGAAAGUGUUAGAGAAGGUGAUUUAACUUUUGAAGGUGAGGAAUGGAGUUAAGUUUCAUAUGAAGCAAAAUUACUGAUUAAAAAAAUGUUAGAGAGGGAUCCAAAAAGAAGAAUUAGUGCUGAAUAAGCUUAAAGAGAUCCAUGGAUAACUACUUAUGUAAAAAAGACAGAAAUGAAUUUAACUUAAUUAACAGAGGUUCUUAAUAAUUUAAGAACUUUCAGAGUUGAAAAGAAGUUUUAAGAGGCUGCAUUAACAUUUAUGGUAAAUUAGAUGGCAACAAGUUAAGAGAAAUAGGAACUAUUAUAAUAAUUUUAGGCAUUGGAUUUAAAUGGAGAUGGAAGACUCUCAAAAGAAGAAUUAAUAAUUGGUAUAAAUAAAUAAAUAUAGGUGAGGUUAUUCAAAAGUAAUGAGUUAUACUGAUGCAGAAUUAGAAGUAGAAAAAUUAAUGAAGUAUAUAGAUUAAGAUAAAAAUGGAAGCAUUGAUUAUUCAGGUUAAAUAUAUAUAUAUAAUUUAAAAUAGAAUUUGUUUUGGCUACAUUUAAUAAGGUGAAACUUAUCGAAGAUUCAAGAUUAGAAUAAGCAUUUAGAAUGUUUGAUAAAGAUGGAAGUGGUUCAAUAUCAAUUGAUGAAAUAAAAGGCAUAUUUGGUUGUAAUGAUGCAGCUGUAAGUGAUGAAGUUUGGAAGGAAUUAUUAGCUGAAGUAGAUGCUAACGGUGAUGGUUCUGUAAAAAAUUUUAUUUAUUUUUAGAUUUCCUUUUAAGAAUUUAAAGAAAUUAUUAUAAAAGCAAUCUAUAAUAAUAAUCCAGAUUAAAAAGCUUAAAAGUGA